AUGAUUUAUUCGUUACUGCUACUUCUCACAGCUGUAUAUGGAGUGACGAGUUUCUCUGAGAAUGAAGUCCAUCGAUCAAUUCGCAAACGAGGUGAUCCAAAUGGAGGCUUUCUUCGACCAUGUUAUUUCACGAACUGGGCUCAAUACAGAAAACCUCGGGCUAAAUAUGUACCCGAGGAUUAUAUUCCCGGUCUCUGUACCCAUAUACUUUUUGCUUUUGGAUGGAUGAAGGAAGAUUUUACCGUAAAAGCAUUCGAUCCGGCUGAUUUGCCAAAUGAUUGGGCGGGACAGGGAAUGUAUCGACGUGUGAAUGCUUUGAAGCAAAAAGAUCGAGGAUUGAAGACUUUAAUAUCGAUUGGUGGAUGGAGUUUCGGGACAAGGCUUUUCGAGGAAAUGGCAAAGACAGAAGCUGGUCGAAAGACAUUUAUCGAUUCGUCGAUUGCUUUUGCGAGAAAAUGGGAUUUCGAUGGAGUUGAUAUAGAUUGGGAAUACCCGAAAGGACCGUCUGUUAAGGAUCAUUUCACAGCAUUGAUCAAUGAGCUCCGUGCAGCCGUAGAGGCUGAGGCGGUGAGUGCGGAAAAGACGAGGCUAUUGGUGACUGCAGCUGUUUCUGCCGGAAUUGCCACCAUUGAUCAAGCAUAUGAUAUUCCGAAUCUUGCAAAACCAUUCGACUUUGUCAAUCUGAUGUCCUAUGAUUUCUGGGGUGCAUGGGAUGGAGUUGUCGGAAUGAAUUCACCUCUCUAUUCAAGGAAAGAUCUUCAAGAACCACAAAAACAUUGGAAUGUGGAUUGGGCAGCUAAACAUUGGGUGGAAAAGGGAAUGCCAAAAGAGAAGCUUCUCAUCGGAAUCGGCACGUAUGGACGUGGAUUUACUGUGAAGGAAGAGAAUCUUGCAAAUCCGUUGAAUUCAACAGGGAAUGCACCAGCGAAGAUUACUGAAUUUGUGCAAGAGGCUGGAGUCGCCUCGUACUAUGAGCUGUGUGAAAUGGUGGAUAAUGGAGCUGAGAGGCAUUGGCAUGUCGAGCAUCAAGUGCCUUAUCUGACAAAAGGAAAUCAAUGGUGGUCGUAUGACGAUGAAGAAUCGGUUUAUAAAAAGAUAGCUUACGUGAAAAAAGAAGGAUUUGGCGGCGCCUUUGUGUGGACUCUCGAUUUCGACGAUUUUAACGGGAAAUGUUCGAAAAGCAAUGGGCAACCAUAUCCACUUAUUAAUAUUAUUGCGAAAGAAUUGGGUGGAGUGGAAGUGAGACGGACUCUGAACACUUGUGGCAAUAAAAAGGACGGUUUUUAUAAAAGUGAUACCUCUUGCUCGCAUUUCAUUUUGUGUCUUGAGGGCUCAGCCUAUCCAAUGUCUUGCCCAUCGGGACUUCAGUAUUCAGCAGAGAAAGGACACUGUGUUCGCCCUAGUGACUCAGGUUGUGUCUCUCCUCUAGCCACUCUUCCCACUCCUCCUCCGUCGAUUUCCCCAUUCACAACUACUUCACAAUCCACCACUGUUGGGUCAUCAAACUUCUCCUGUCACGAAAAGAUGGACGGUUUCUAUCCGGAUCCCAUUGAGUGCUCAAGAUUCUACCGUUGUGUCAGCGGUCAGUCAUACCAUUUCCAUUGCUCUCCAGGAACGUUUUUCAAUCCAAAAUCGAGCGAUUGUGACUCAAUAUCGAGGGAUAUCUGUCAUCCAAAGUAUUCA